AUGAUAAGCGACGACGAUCGUGACAUUGAUAUCGAAAGUGAUGCAGAAAACGAUUCUGAUUCCAGGACUCAUGCAAGAAAUAGUCUUGGUGGAAGUGGGUACUAUUCCCAGGCUGAGAAACGUGCGCAUCAUAAUGCUUUGGAAAGAAAAAGAAGAGACCACAUAAAAGAUAGCUUUACAUCCUUAAGAGAUUCGGUUCCAGCGUUGCAGGGGGAGAAAGUGGUAUGUAAUGCGAGCCGAGCACAAAUCCUAAAGAAGGCAGCGGAAUACAUUCAGUUUAUGAGGCGGAAAAAUAACUCUCACCAGCAAGAUAUAGAAGAUCUGAAACGACAAAACAAUUUACUUGAGAAUCAGAUUAAAGCCCUUGAAAAAGUUCGAGCCACGGGCAACUACAUGGACGCACACGAGCUCGGUCUAGGAAUCAAGUCGGAGGGCAGUUCACAUGACACCGACAGCUCUGACGGAGAAGGAACAACUCGGCGAGUCAAGAAACUGAAGAUAAAUGCAGUCAAUGUG